CAUGUUCAAAUGGUAAAUAGAUGCCAAUUAGAGCUUGCGGACUCAUACCUUUGCCAAUGCCAGCCAGUGGGAGAUGCCCAUGGCAAGCUAGGCCCCACCCCCCCUUGCCUCAUACCUGCCUGCGUGCCUGCCAUCCUCCUGCCAUGGAAACAUGAAUGGGUGACCGCAUUGUCUACUAUAAACGAUACCACCAACAGGAAAGGAAGUUCAAGAACACCCAUCCCAUCUUCUGAGUGAGCAUGCCACCGUCAGCUCUCGCGGACUCUCCAAGAAAUUCAACCACUUAUACCAGCACCUCCGAGGCGGAUGAGUAUGCCGUUCAGGCUCCUCCCUCAAACUUCAACGGCUAUGACCACCUAACCUGGUGGGUUGGCAAUGCCAAGCAAGCGGCCUCAUACUACAACACGGUCUUCGGCUUUAAGACGCUCGCAUAUCGUGGCCUGGAGACGGGGUGCCGUUACUUUGCCUCGUAUGUUGUCGGCAAUGCCGAUGUCCGCUUCGUCUUCACAUCUCCGGUCCGAUCUGCCAGAUGCCUUCCCGAGGAAGAGCCAAUAUCUCCAGAAGACCGAGAGAUGCUUCGUGAGAUCCACGAGCAUCUGGAGAAGCACGGCGACGCAGUCAAGGAUGUGGCUUUCGAGGUCGACAACGUCGAGGGUGUGUACUUCAAGGCCGUCGCUGGAGGUGCUGUGGCGGUCCAACCUCCCAGGACCGUCCACGACAAACAGCACGGUCAUGUGACGACAGCCGUCAUCCGCACCUACGGCGACACAACCCACACUCUGAUCUCACGACUGAAUUACUCCGGGCCUUUCUUGCCCGGAUUCCGAGCCGUCAAGAAGCAAUCGGCCACCGUCUCGCUGCCCGAGGUCCAGCUGGCACGGAUCGACCACUGCGUCGGCAACCAGGACUGGGACGAGAUGGUCUCGGCGUGCGCCUUCUACGAGCAAUGCCUGUCGUUCCACCGCUUCUGGUCGGUCGACGACUCGCAGAUCUGCACCGACUUCAGCGCGCUCAACAGCAUCGUCAUGGCGAGCGCCAACAACGUGGUCAAGAUGCCCAUCAACGAGCCGGCGCACGGCAAGAAGCGCUCGCAGAUCGAGGAGUUUGUCAUCUUCAACAGCGGCGCCGGCGUGCAGCACAUUGCGCUGCUGACGCCCGACAUCAUCUCGACGGUGUCGGCGCUGCGUGCCCGCGGCGUCGAGUUCAUCACCGUGCCGGCCACCUACUACGACACCAUGAGGCAGCGGCUCAAGACGGAGAAGCGCAACUGGCAGCUCGCCGAGGAGUUCGCCGUGCUCGAGUCGCUCAAUAUCCUCAUCGACUACGACGAGCAGGGGUACCUGCUCCAGCUCUUCACCAAGCCGCUCAUCGACCGCCCCACCGUCUUCAUCGAGAUCAUCCAGCGGAACAACUUUGACGGCUUCGGCGUGGGCAAUUUCAAGAGCCUCUUCGAGGCCAUCGAGCGCGAGCAGGAGGAGCGGGGGAACCUGUGAGAUGGUGAAUCUUAUUUUGUUCGCGUUUUGCAUCAUAGGGGUUAGCAUCGUGUUCUCCAGUGCAGAUACAUCCAGUUGCAAGUGCGUCGCGCGUCUCUCUCGUGACUCGGCACUCGUUUCUUGUCAGAUAGCUUAUGCAACGCGACGAAGGCAUCAUGAACAUUGCCAGCUUGGACGGAGUAGCAGCGGAUGGGUUUAAGAGUUGUCAAAUUAGGCG